UUCCGGUGUUGUGACCUUUGUUUACUGUCUGUUCGCUCCAGUCAAAAAAUAGUAGCUCGCCACUGCUCGACGUCGCCGUCGCCUCUCUAUGUUCGUAGUUUUGGUCGUUAGGCUAAAAAAGCGAUAUGAAGUCCAGCUCAGCUGACAGCUUCCGGCUCUUCUGCGAUUUUUCGCCUCAGAGACACCAACAAGUCAGCUAGCUAAGCUAGCUGCUCCGCUCCCCGACAGUCGCUGCUGCCUUUCCCUGUCGAGUUACUGCCUAACUGAACAGGUCAACCUCAAACCGACCAGACAGGAAGCUGCUGAAGCUCCGGAUGACAAAGAGGCAACGCUGCCCUAAAUAUAGCAGAUAAAGAGACACCAGUCUCAGUUACAUAAGCUAAAACCUAGAAAUACAUAUAUAAAUAUUGAUCAUGGCCUCUAGUUUCCUGAACACGGAUGACGCGUCCCCACCGGCUCUGACAGACCUGUGCCUCACCUACGUGAGCCAACACCUGGACUGUUUCUGCGUGAAGCGGCCGGACGGCUCCCUGUGCUUCAGAGAGGCUGUGCUCUUCCCACAGGAGCUGGCAGACCAGCUGCUGGCCAAGAUGGCCAUGGAAGGUCUACUGAACGACAGCACGGUGGGAGUGUUCAGGAACUGUGAACACCUGCGACUGCGGCGGGCCUGUGUGCGUACAGCACGGAUCUCUGCAGAGGCCUUCCAGAAAGCUCUGUGCCCUCACAGACUGCUGGAGCUGGAUGCCGCCAGGGUCAACGCAGACCUAACAAUCCCCGACAUUCUACAGGGGCUGGCCACCAAUAAAUACUGUCAGGAAUCCCUACAGCGUCUUGUCCUGACCGGCCUCACUAUGUCCUCUCUGGAGGAGCCAAUCUGGUAUCAGUUCAGCGCCCUCCAAGGCCUGCGCUCCCUCUCUUUAGCGAAUGUUGACUUCUACGACUGUGGGCUGGUUGAUGUGUGUUCCCUGCCACGUCUGGAGAGCCUCGACCUCUCCAACACCUCCAUCACUAACCUGACCCCAUUGCUGGGCCUGAAGGAGCGGCUGCGCUCGCUGACGUUACACCAGCUGAAGAGGCUGGAGAUGAGCACCGCCCAGCUGCUGGGAGUCAUAGGACAGUUGAAUGUAUUGCAGCACCUGGACAUCAGUGAUGACAAACAGUUCACGUCCGACAUUGCUCGUCAGCUGCUGGGGCAGCGAGGGAUCCUGCCAGCUCUGGUUUCCCUGGAUGUCUCAGGCAGAAAGCAGGUGACGGAUGCAGCCGUGAAAGCCUUCGUCGACGAGAGGCCGGGCAUGACUUUUGUGGGACUUCUCGCCACAAAUGCGGGAUUUUCCGACUUCCUUUCCGGAGGAGGGAACUUGAAGGUAACGGGCGAAGCGAACGAGACUCAGAUCUGUGAGGCUCUGCGGCGGUACAGUGAGAGGGAGGGCUUUGUGAGAGAAGCCCUUUUCCAUCUGUUCAGCCUGACGCACGUUAUGGAGAAACCAAGGCCUGACAUCCUGAAGCUUGUAGUUUUGGGUAUGAAAAACCAUCCUGCCACUCUGAACGUCCAGCUGGCAGCCAGCGCCUGCGUCUUCAACCUGACCAAGCAGGAGCUGGCAGCAGGAUUGCCAGUCCGACUGUUGAGUACCGUCACUCAGCUUCUUCUUGAGGCCAUGAGGACUUUCCCCAACCAUCAACAGCUUCAGAAGAACUGCCUUCUGUCUCUGUGCAGCGAUCGCAUUCUGCAGGAGGUGCCGUUCAACCGAUUUGAAGCUGCCAAACUUGUGAUGCAGUGGCUCUGCAACCAUGAAGACCAGAACAUGCAGAGGAUGGCUGUGGCCAUCAUUUCCAUUCUAGCUGCUAAGUUGUCCACAGAGCAAACAGCCCAGCUGGGAGCAGAACUGUUUAUAGUGAAGCAACUGCUCCACAUUGUGCGUCAGAAGGCAACUCAGGGCGUUGUGGACGCAACCCUGAAGUUCACCCUGAGCGCACUGUGGAACCUCACCGACGAGUCGCCCACAACCUGUCGCCAUUUCAUAGAGAACCAGGGCCUGGAUCUGUUUGUUAAAGUUCUGGAGGUACACGUGGAGAUCCUGCAGAGACUUCUCAAUCCUGUUUCUACAUUAAUGUGUAAACACAUUGCUGUUGGACUCACUGAUGGUUUUGUAUCCACAUUUUCAACCCUGCAGUGUUUCCCCAAUGAGUCUUCUAUUCAGCAAAAGGUUCUCGGUCUUCUAAACAACAUCGCUGAGGUGGGAGAGCUGCACGGAGAGCUGAUGGUGCAAGGCUUUCUAGACCACAUCAGCAAUCUGCUCCACAGUCCGGAGGUGGAGGUCAGCUACUUUGCCGCGGGCAUUCUCGCACAUCUAACAUCACGUGGAGAGGAGGCCUGGACGCUCAAGCCCAGUCUGCGCUCCUCUCUGCUGGAGCAGCUGCACGCGGUCAUCAUGAAGUGGCCAACACCCGAGUGCGAGAUGGUGGCAUACAGGUCUUUUAACCCCUUCUUUCCCCUUCUGGAGUGUUUUCACACCCCUGGUGUGCAACUGUGGGCGGCCUGGGCUAUGCAACAUGUGUGCAGCAAGAAUGCAUCUCGCUACUGCAGCAUGCUGUUGGAGGAGGGCGGCCUGCAGCAGUUAGAGCACGUUCACAAACACCUGCAGACCCACACAGACGUCAGGCUCCUGGCUGGGAGCAUUCUGGAGAACCUGCAGCGCCACCGAGCCCGCACAGGCCAGCCGGCACACACGAGCCACCGCCCGCCGCCGCAAUGACCUAUCCCAGAAAGUGCACCACGAUAACAAAAGGGGGCGUGGCCGGGCUGCCAUCACAGUGCAGGGAGUUUGUGUCUGCAGAACGAAUCCAUAUCCUGCACACAAACACGCACCAAAAGUCAACGGACUAACCGACAGAGACAUUGCAAUUCUUUGCACACUUGAACUGUAUUUAUUUUCUGUGUUUAUUUUGAAACAAAAGUAUCUCUGUGUAUAAAUCUUAUGGUUAAAAACAUAUAAUAUGAAAAGCUCUUCGUCAGUUAAGCUCAACAGUGAGUUUUUGUUCAUCCUGUUAGGCGUCAAGGGGACUUUCCUCCCAAAAAUACGAGACCUUGGAGCCUUUGGUUGAAUGCUGUGGUUGUCUGGAUCGGUGACCUCUUUAAACGUGUGCAUGGAGCCGCUUUCAGCUAAAGCAUGCAGGUCUGAAUGCUCAUUUUUAUUCGUUUUAGGAAUGCCUGUGUCUGUGAUUGUUUGCUGAAAGCCACAGCUUCGGGUCUGCAGUACUGCUGAAGCUUCUUCUGGAAUCCAUCAACCUUAUAUGGCAAAUCAUGAAGGUGUUAUUCCAAAAUUUGAGAAUCCAGAGGGCAGUCCAAGUAAGAGAAACACGUGAGCAUUCCUCUGGGUGGAAAUGCUGAUGUGGAACAGUCUGGAUAGAUCUGAGAUGCAUCUCUCUACUGUUUUAGAAAGUUUUUGUAUAUAUUAGGUUAAAGACAGAAAGCACUUCCUGUGUGUGAGUACGUCUGUGCAGCUGCUGCAUCUUCCAGACUGUGUGGAAAGUGUACAUAAUAGACGAGGGGGGAACUAUUCUGCACUGCAUGAAAAUUAUCGCCUGACUCUUUUCUCGUUACAAAGCAAACAGUGGCCUCAAGUCUGAAGUUCCCAUUAAUGCCCGUCACUGUUGGAGGCAAAGGAGAAGUCGCAGUUCAGAAGAUCUGCACAAACUCUACAAAAUGGUACUUUAUCAGCAAAGCAUACCUGCAGUUUACCUGCUCUGCAAAAGAUGGUCAUUUUGAGCUGGUUCUAAAGAUCCAAUAAUUUAUUUGCCCCCCCGAUUGAUUGGUAACUAAAAAGAUGAUGAAUUUUUUUUCUGUUGCUCCUAAAAGAUUUUAUUCCUGUCUCCCCCUCAGCAUCACCCAGCUGGAUUGCGAAAGAACCAUUUGAAAGUCGCAUUGUGUGUGUUGGUUUUUAGAUAGUGCCAUGUUGCUGCUCAGUCGCAUUUUUCAGUUUUUAAAAUAAAGAAUGUAUGCUGCCACAAAUGA